GAAAAAUCCAUCCCGGCUUAGAAGAAAAUCCUAAAGAGAUUGUCUGAAUUUUUUUUGGGUAUUGCAAUAAUUUUCUUGUGAAGCGGUGGAAACGUUCCAUAUGGUCCAUAUGUUGGAGAUUGUAAGACAAGUUGGAAAGGUGGACUUUCCGCAAGUCAUCAUGAACCGUCCUGUUCAAGUUAAACAAACGGAUAGUGAAAAUCGUGGUGAUUUAUACGAAAACGUGACUGCAGAUUUAUUUGAAGCUUUCGAUAGAUUUACCAAUACGUUUUGUUCAAAUCGAUUCAUAUCAAAACUAUAAGAAAACAUAAAUAAAUAUCCAUCGAAGAGGGAGAGAAAGAGAGAAGAAUCACAAUAACAGAAGAAGAAGAAGAAUAAGUUACUAGUCUGAACAUUAUUAACUGUAAUACUUACGAGGAUUCAUAGAAUUUUCAUAUAAAUUCAAUUAAAUAUAAAAGACAAGAAUAUACGCUUGAGCUUAAUUUGAUAUAGAACUUGUGCAUAAACAAUAUCAAGAAGAAAUAUUUAACUACGCUUUAGAUCAAUUAAAUGAAAUUAUGCAAGACAUCAAAGUACUCUCAUGAGAUUGUGCACGAGAGUACCUUUUAAAAAAUUAUAUAAAAAAGAAGGAAUCAUAACGAAAUAAAAUAUAUUUAAUACUUGUAAGAAGAAACGAAGUAAUAUCGUUAGAUCAGAAGAAAAAUAAAAGAAAAAAAAAGUCAGAAGAGCGAGGAUAAAGCAUCAGAUUCAUCGUACAUAAGCUUCACCCUCCAAGCACCUUCUUCUCUUCACUUAAUAAGGGAAUCCUCCACGCACCGUUUACGAUAUAAAGUUGUGCAUUUGUGAAAUUCAGCUCACAUCCAGAAGCUCAAGCAGCAAUAACAAGCUUACACGGUAGUCAAACUAUGCCGGGAGCAUCUUCCAGCUUAGUCGUGAAAUUUGCCGAUACCGAAAAAGAAAGACAAAUAAGACGUAUGCAGCAAAUGGCUGGCCACAUGAAUUUACUUAGUCCUUUUGUAUUUAAUCAGUUUGGACCAUAUAACGCUUACGCUCAAACGCAACAACAAGCUGCAUUAAUGGCAGCUGCGCAAGGCACAUAUAUGAACCCGAUGGCUGCUUUAGCUACCCAAAUACCUCAUGCUUUAGGUGGGCAACCUGUUAAUGCAACAUCUUUACCCUCGCCCACCAUGCCAACUUUCAACAUGGCACAAACACCAAAUGGUCAACCAGCUGGAGCCGAAGCUGUUUAUUCUAAUGGAAUACCUCAUACGUAUCCUGGACAUGCACUUCAGCUGUCAAUACCAGCGCAGGGUUUGGCAAAUGGCGAUGCAGCAUUACCACAUGCCGCUUAUCCUGGCAUUCAACCUUAUCCAGGAGUUGGUGAGUUGAAAAAUUAA